AUGGAUAACCUUGAGUUAUGUGAAGCAAACGACGCUCCACUAACGCCCAUUACGUUCUUAAAGAGAGCUUCUGAAUGCUAUCCCAAUCGAACUUCCUUAAUCUAUGGACAAACUCGUUUCACUUGGCCUCAGACCUAUGACCGUAGCUGUCGUCUCACCGCUUCUCUCCUCUCUCUUAACAUCGCCAAGAACGAUAUUGUAUCAGUUUUGGCUCAAAACAUACCGGCCAUGUAUGAGAUGCAUUUCGCCGUUCCCAUGGCCGGAGCUGUUCUCAACACUAUCAACACCCGUCUCAACGCAAAAUCCAUUGCUGGAAUCCUCCGCCAUGCACAGCCCAAGAUGUUAUUCAUAGACCGAAAUCUUGAGCCUUUGGCUCGAGAAAGCCUCCAACUACUAUCACAUGACGACUUAAAUCAGAACAUGAAGGUCAUUUUCAUUGACGACAACGACUUCCCAAAAAAGGGUACAUCCAAGGAGUUAAACUACGAGAGUCUCAUACGUAAGGGAGAGCCUACGUCCUCUUUGGUCGCACGUAUGUUUCGUAUUCAAAACGAGCAAGAUCCGAUCUCGUUGAACUACACGUCAGGUACAACGGCCGACCCGAAAGGUGUGGUGAUUAGCCACCGUGGAGCAUAUUUGACCUCUUUGGGCACGAUAAUGGGCUGGGAAAUGGGGACCGGCCCCGUCUACCUCUGGACUCUGCCUAUGUUUCAUUGUAAUGGAUGGACUUUCACGUGGUCAGUGGCGGCACGUGGCGGCACCAAUGCGCUUACCGGAGGUUCAUCGCCUCCAGCUGCUCUUGUUAAGAGAGUUGAAAAGCUGGGGUUUCAAGUGGGGCAUGUCUAUGGGCUUACAGAGGCCACCGGUCCAGCUCUCUUUUGCGAGUGGCAAGACGAGUGGAACAGAUUACCAGAGGAUAAACGAAUGGAGCUGAAGGGAAGGCAAGGGGUUGGGAUGUUAACCCUAGGUGAAUUUGACGUGAAGAAGACUCAAACUCAAGAGAGUGUCCCACGCGACGGAAAGACGAUGGGAGAGAUUGUCAUGAAAGGAGGCAGCAUGAUGAAAGGGUAUCUAAAGAACCCCAAAGCUACAUUGGAAGCGUUUAAACACGGAUGGUUCAACACUGGAGACAUAGGUGUGAUUCAUCCGGAUGGGCACGUGGAGAUCAAAGAUCGUUGCAAAGACGUCAUUAUCUCAGGAGGUGAAAACAUCAGUAGUGUUGAAGUCGAGAAUGUUCUUUACAAGAACCAGAAAGUGCUUGAGACCGCGGUCGUGGCCAUGCCUCACCCAGUGUGGGGCGAGACCCCGUGCGUGUUCGUUGUUCUAAAGAAGGAUGAGAAAAAUCAAGAAGAUCUUGAAGAUAAAUUGGUGACCAGAGAAGAAGACUUGAUUAAGUAUUGCCGUGAGAAUAUGCCACAUUUUAUGUGUCCGAGGAAGGUGGUAUUCCUUCAAGAGCUCCCAAAGAAUAGCAACGGAAAGAUCUUGAAGUCUAAGCUGAGAGACAUUGCUAAGGCUUUUGUUGUUUAUGGGGACAAUGACGGUUCCAAGAAAGUUCAAGGACGCGGUGUUGAUCACGUUAGGUCGAGGCUUUAA